AUUUUCGUUUUCUAGGGUUUUUCAAAAUUUUGAUUACUGUGAAGAAGAAAUAACGAGAGGAGAGGGAAGAGUUAAAGAAAAAAACAAAACCCUAAAAAAAGAAGAAAAAAUUCCAAAAACCAAAAAAAGAAAAUGGCUCAGGUUCAAUCUCAAUCUCAAUCUCAAGGUCAAACUGUGAAUGGCUCUGUUCCUCCGGCUAUGGCUACUGGUUCUGGUGCAGCACCAGCGGCUCAGUUUGGUACUACAUCACUUUAUGUUGGAGAUCUGGAUCCAAACGUGACGGAUUCGCAGCUUUUUGAUGCGUUUAGCCAGAUGGGUCAAGUUGUAUCAGUUCGAGUUUGUAGAGAUUUAGCUACUCGGAGAUCUCUUGGUUAUGGUUAUGUCAAUUUCACCAGUCCUCAAGAUGCUGCAAGAGCGAUCCAGGAACUGAACUAUAUACCUCUUAAUGGGAAACCUGUUAGGGUUAUGUAUUCUCAUCGUGAUCCUAGUGUUCGUCGAAGUGGUGCUGGGAAUAUUUUUAUCAAGAAUUUGGACAAAUCCAUUGACCACAAAGCGUUGCAUGAUACGUUUUCUGUGUUCGGGAACAUUAUCUCGUGCAAGGUAGCUGUGGAUUCUUCAGGACAAUCAAAAGGCUAUGGGUUUGUGCAAUAUGAAACUGAAGAAUCUGCUCAGAAAGCUAUGAGUCAAUUGAACGGUAUGUUGCUAAAUGACAAGCAAGUGUAUGUUGGACCUUUCCUCAGGAGGCAAGAAAGAGAUUCUACUGGUAACAAAACAAUAUUCACCAACGUGUAUGUGAAGAAUCUUGCUGAAUCAACCACUGAUGAUGAUUUGAAGAACAUUUUUGGUGAGUUUGGUAAGAUAACAAGUGCUGUGGUGAUGAAAGAUGGAGAGGGGAAGCCAAAGGGUUUUGGGUUUGUUAACUUUGAAAAUGCUGAUGAUGCUGCUAAGGCUGUUGAGUCUCUCAAUGGAAAAACAUUUGAUGAUAAGGAAUGGUUUGUUGGUAGAGCUCAGAAGAAGUCUGAAAGGGAAAUGGAACUAAAGGUUCAGUAUGAGCAGAGUUUGAAGGAAGCUGCUGACAAGUUUCAAAGUUCUAACUUGUAUGUUAAGAAUUUAGAUGACAGUGUUUCUGAUGAGAAACUCAAAGAGCUCUUUACACCUUAUGGCACUGUUACGUCUUGCAAGGUGAUGCGGGAUCCUAAUGGCAUAAGCAGGGGCUCGGGUUUUGUAGCAUUUUCAACUCCUGAAGAAGCAACCAAAGCUAUGUCAGAGAUGAGUGGUAAAAUGAUUGAAAACAAACCUCUCUAUGUUGCUGUUGCCCAGAGAAAGGAGGAUAGAAGGGCCAGACUCCAGGCUCAGUUUUCCCAAAUGAGACCAGUUGCAAUGCCACCACCGGUUGGUCCUCGUAUGCCAAUUUAUCCCCCUGGUGGUCCCGGAAUUGGACAACCAAUGUUUUAUGGUCAGGCACCUCCUACUAUGAUUUCUUCACAGCCCGGGUUUGGCUACCAGCAGCAGCUAGUACCUGGAAUGAGACCUGGUGGAGCACCGAUGCACAACUUCUUCAUGCCAAUGGUUCAGCAGGGCCAGCAACGUCCUGGAGGGAGACGUCCUGGAGGGAUCCAGCAAUCUCAGCAGCAGCAAGUUCCCAUGAUGCAGCAGCAACAGCAGAUGCACCCAAGGGGUCGAAUGUUCCGCUAUCCUCAAGGCCGUGGUAGUGGUGGUCCCCCUGAUGUACCUGGAAUGCUUCCAUAUGAGAUGGGUAGUAAUAUGCCAUUGCGUGACCCUGUACUUUCUCAGCAUGUUCCUAUUGGAGCUUUGGCUUCAUCCCUUGCUAAUGCUGCUCCAGAACUCCAGCGGACGCUGCUGGGUGAGAAUUUGUAUCCGCUGGUGGAACAGCUAGAGGCAGAGUCUGCAGCUAAAGUGACUGGGAUGCUUCUGGAGAUGGAUCAGACUGAAGUGCUACAUCUCUUGGAGUCACCUGAAGCUCUCAAGGCUAAAGUAGCUGAGGCUAUGGACGUUCUCAGAAGUGUCGCUGCUGGUGGUACAGCCGAGCAGCUUGCCUCCUUGAACCUGAACGACAAUCUUGUUUCUUAAGUUAUAUUGUCUUUCUGUUCGAUUUGAAAAUACAUUUUUCGAAGUGUGGCUUUGUCUGUUCCAUACACAGUUGGUGACCUCGCAGAGUUUCUUGUUUCUUUCCUUUUCUGUAGGAGUUCUUUGACAUGGUUUGUGCUUCUCCUCCACCCCCAAACUUAUUUUGUUUUGUUUGAAACUUGAUUUGAUAUUUUUAAUUUUGGUUUCUUAUUUACCAAAUUUCAGAUCAAAUGUGAUCAAAAGAAGUAAAUUAAGACGUCAAAC